CCUUUCCACAAUGGCAAAACACAAAAUUAGCCUGUUGAUUGCCAUUGCGCUGGCACUGAUUUUCUUCAUCAUCACCAUGGUGUUCACUGCUCUGGCAGGGCUGGGAACAUAUCCAUUUUUGGAGAACACCAGUAAUAUUUCAGAUGAGUUUAUAACCCAGAUCACCCCAGCAGGAUGGACCUUUACCAUUUGGUCAAUCAUUUACAUCUUUCUGGCUUCAGUGUUGGUCUACGUCCUCUCCGGCAUCUUUAGGAAGAAUGCAUAUGGUUACGUCUACUGCAGCCCGGCUAUUUUGCCACAUGGAUUUUAUGUGGCUUGGUGCUUGAAUCUGAGCUUGAAUACUGCAUGGUUGUUCCUGUGGGACAGAAAGUUGAUGCCUGCUGCACUAGCUUUCCUUAUUCUAAUUGCCUUGACUAACUACGUCAUGAUAUUCUUCUCCUGCUGUGGUCUCCAAAACUAUGGCGCUUGGCUCAACAAGUACCACAAAGUAGACCUGUGGCUUCACCAUGUGUUGGUUCAGAAUGGUAUUGCCAUAUAUGCAACAUGGACAACCAUUGCAUCCCUAAUUAACCUGACUAUCGUCCUGAAUUAUGAUGCAAACAUGUCCCCGACGGACGCUGCCACCACCUCACUCUCUGUUUUGACUGUCGUGUUGUUUGUGUGGUUUUUCCUCGAAAACUUUGUCCUUGACAAACACGUGAGGUACAUUCUCACCAUUUACCCCGUUGUGAUCUGGGCAGUGACGGGGGCCUUCACGAAAAACAAUACUCCAGAUCCUACUCGCAAUAACAUCUUCACUAUUGUCCUGUUGGCAGUAGCCUGUGCUACUUUUGCUGGACGUGUAUUUUUGGUCAUCUAUAAGCACAUCAAAAAGCCAUUUUACGUUGAUCACAGCCCAGAGAGCAUGUCCCCGAUGGAGAUCGCUGAGAAGCAGAAAAAGAUAUUUAAGUAACUGUUGAAUGAUAAACCUUUCUGUACAUGUAAGAUGCUGAAGUUAAAUUUAAGUUGCUUCAUUUUCCUCUCUGCUUUGCUAAUUUUAUUCAUUGCAUUUAUCUCAUUAUUUGACACUUGCCUGGCUAAAUUAUCUAUUCUUCAUUGAACUUCUCAAAAAACAUUAGCUUGAAGCCAUAUUAAGACACUGUCUUUGACUUGAAAUAGAUCAGACUGGAAUUAACUAACAUGAAUCAGACCAUACUAGUUAAUAACUUAAAUAACACGGCACAGCAAAUAUAGCAAGUGUGCGGAUAACACAGACCUGAGGAUUGGAAACAAUACAAAUAUAUAUACAUAAAUAGGAAAUACACAAAGACAAGUACAAAUGUCACUGGAUAAACAGUUCAAACUGCUGGUUGUUGUCCUUGUUUGUUUGGUACAAGCAAACGUGACAAAUAGCCUUCUGGCUAGAUUUAUGGGGCAGACCCUGCUUUACACUCAAAUUAUAAAAGCAUUAACAAAAUGUACUACUGCCAGACAUACAGUAGACUCUAUUGAGUAGAUUAAUUCCAUGAGACACAAGUAGCCAUAACACCAACACAAUUUAA